CGACAUGAUCCCACCGUACGAUGGGUUGGGGAACCCACGGCAGAACUACAGGUACCUUAUAUAAUAAGGUACCUACCUAGCACCUAAUUUCACACAGUGGCAGCCCGGGGAGGGCAUCUACAGAGUACAAUCUGUUGCUAAUAGGUCCAUUUGGAACAACCACGAUCGGAGAAGCCGCAAGUCACGUGGACUGGCGCCUUGACGCGCGUUACAUCCUCAUUUCGUCGCGUCUUCUUCAGCUCUAACGUUAUCUGAAGUUAUCUGACCCUGGGAAGGGACCAUACGAACUGGCGGUAUCGCCAACCCCCGUCGCAUCUCACAGCGGCUGCCCUCGGCCACCAUCUCACUCCGCACACCCAACAAACCAGGCCCGGGAUCAACAGAGCUCGACUGGGCCACCGUCUGAUGUGGCGCGCAGUUUGAACGUCGAUUUUGGGCUGUCGCAGCCAACCUAGAAGGCUGGAACAACCCACACUCAGCUAGCAUAAUGGAUGACGAUGAGUUUGACGACAUCUCCGACGAGGACCUGCUCCUAGCGCUCACUCAAGCUACCGAUGCCGCAGCGACGUCUUUGGACGAGGGGAGGAGCCUGCGCGAGACGCGCCGAGCCGACCUUCAAUCCGGGCAUUCGAGGCCAUCUGCUCCGACGGUCAACCCGACGACCGCCCCAGCCUGGACCUCAGGGAGCGCGGCAGACGCGCUUGACAGUCCGCCCGAGAGGCCCAGUCGUGCUCUCAGCGGCAGACCGCACGCACAGGGAUCGUCGGCCGCGCGUCAGAACUUCCGUCAAACUACCCUGAGGGGAAACGCGCUACAGGAAGACAGCGGCGGAGCAUCGCAAGCCCAGACCGGUCGCCCGUUCCGCGCCGACCUUCCCCAGGAGGCGCCGACGCACCAUGAUCUCAACCAUCAUGAGCUCUCAGUCUGGGUCUAUCCCCUGAAUCUCGGGCCAAUUCGAGACUACCAAUUCAACAUCGUCAAGAAUGGCCUCUUCAACAACACGCUGGUGGCCCUGCCGACCGGCUUGGGCAAGACCUUCAUCGCCGCGACCGUCAUGCUCAACUACUUUCGCUGGACCAAGCGUGCCAAGAUCGUCUUCGUGGCGCCCACCAAGCCGCUGGCCUCUCAGCAGGUCCAAGCCUGUCUCAACGUGGCCGGCAUCCCCCGGUCCCAGGCGACUCUCCUGACGGGCGAGACGCCUCCGGUCUUGCGGGAGGCGGAGUGGAAGAUCAAGCGGUUGUUCUUCAUGACCCCGCAGACUCUGAUGAACGACCUCUCCAAAGGGUACGCGGAUCCCAAAUCCAUUGUGCUGCUUGUUAUCGACGAGGCUCACCGUGCAACCGGGGACUACGCGUAUGUCAAGGUUGUCGAGUUCAUCCGGCGCUUCUCCAACAGCUUCCGGGUCCUCGCCCUAACAGCCACCCCCGGGUCGACGGUCGAGGGUGUGCAGGACAUUAUCGAUAACCUGGGCAUCGCCCACGUGGAAAUCAGGACCGAAGAGUCAAUCGAUAUCCGCCAAUACGUCCAUUCACGGAACAUCGACACGGUGACCUUUGACCCCUCCGACGAGAUGAGCGAGGUGAAGAGCCUGUUCUCCAAGGCCCUAAAGCCCCUGGUGGACAAGCUGAGUUCGCAAAACAUUUACUUCGGCAGAGAUCCCAUGAGCCUGACGACGUACGGUCUGCUCAAGUCGAGAAACGAGUGGAUGGCAGGGCCCGGCAGGCACGUGAACCAGGGGACAAAGUUCAUGAUGAUGGCCGUGUUUGGAAUCCUGCAGAGCCUGGCCCAUUCCAUCAAGUUGCUCACCUUCCACGGGAUCAAGCCCUUCUACCACAGCCUCGCCGAAUUCAGGGCCACUGAGGAAGGGAAGCCGGGACAAGGCUCGAAACUCAAACGGCAACUGCUUAGUGACGAACACUUCCAGAAGAUGAUGUCCAUGAUUGAGCGCUGGAUGAAGCUCGAAGGGUUCAACGGGCACCCGAAGCUGACCUAUCUGUGCGAGACGCUCGUCAACCACUUCAUGGACGCCGGUGAAGGCUCCAACACGAGAGCUAUUGUCUUCAGCGAGUACCGCGACAGCGCCGAGGAGAUUGUCCGCUUCCUGAACACUCAGCCGCUCAUCAAAGCCACCGUCUUUGUCGGUCAGGCCGAUUCGAAGAGGAGUGAGGGCAUGAAGCAAAAGCAGCAGAUCGAGACCAUAGAGAGGUUCAAGAGCGGCAGCUUCAAUGUCCUCGUCGCCACCUCCAUCGGCGAGGAGGGUCUAGACAUUGGUCAGGUCGACCUGAUCGUCUGCUACGACGCCUCGGCCUCGCCGAUCCGCAUGCUGCAGCGGAUGGGCCGUACUGGGAGAAAGCGGGCAGGGAACAUCGUGUUACUGCUGAUGAAGGGCAAGGAAGAGGAGAAGUUCCUGGAAGCAAAAGACAACUACGAGAAGAUGCAGCAGCUCAUCUGCAACGGUGACAGAUUCUCCUUCCGCCACGACCUCUCCGUGAGGAUUAUGCCGCGCGACAUCAGGCCUGAGGUUGAGAAGCGGCAUGUCGAUAUCCCCAUCGAGAACUCCCAAGACACGUCUCUGCCGGAGCCCAAGAAGACACUGGCGGGCUUGAGAAAGAAGCCAGCCAAGAAGAAGUUCAAUAUGCCCGACGGCGUGGAAACUGGCUUCAUGAAGGCUUCGCUCUUCGGCCGACCCGUGGGACAGACUGCCAAAGCCCCCAGGCAGCCGGCCGAAACCGACUUCCUGGCCGAGGUGCCUGAACUGGACAAAGUUUUGUUGAGCAAGUCGCAAGCGGACCGCUUUGAGAGGCUGUACAAAAGCCUCCCGGGAAGCCGCCUGGACAAAGUGCAUGAGCUCGGGUUCGAUGAUCUCAACCUUGGCGCCCAUCCGGCUGCCCAGCGGGUGCUCCGUCGUACUGUGAACCUAAAGCAUGGUGAGUACACGAAGAGGUGCGUGAAGCUAUUUAGAGCUUUAGGCCAGUACCAAGAUGCGUCGAAACCGUUCACCUGUGUGUAUAGCGAGAGAAACGCAACAUCAUGGGAGCAACUGCCGGUCAUGGCGUUCGCAGAUGAACCAGACGGUGAGGCUGCCCAAACUGUGGAAAGCCACAAGUCGCUGGUAUCCAGACAGGCAGGUAAAAGCAGGGCUAGUAAAAAACGUAGAGCGGAAGAGAACCUCUCCAGCGGUUGCGAAGAGGUCGACGAAGAAGAAGAUGAUGAGAAAGAAGAUGAGGACGGAACGGACACGGAAGCCGAAGAGGUCUUGGCACAAGGAAACCGUGGGCGUGGCCGUGGGCGUGGCCGAGGGCGGCCAGGGGCGACGAAAGGCCGAGGGACGCUCAAGCGACUGGGCGAUCAUCUCGAAGACUGGGGGGACGACUGCACCCGAACCAGCGACCUUGAAGAUACAGAUGGCUCUGACAGUGGUGCCGAUCUAGACGAUUUCAUCGUCGCAGACGAUGUGCUCCUCUCGUCUAGCAACCGGCAACGAUCAACCGACCCUACCACGCCGGGCUCGUCCGGUCUCAGCCUGAGACACAAGGACGAAAGGCAGGCCAGCACCGCUAGCGAGAAGCCUUUCUACGAGCCGAUGGAGUUUGAUCCGACGCAGAACACAACAACAGACGACGACGAGAUGCCCGAUCUGGCCGAACUGCCACCGCCAGGCGGGAACGGGAAUAGCACCCUGCCCGAACGCACCAACCCCUCCACCCACCGCCUCGCGAAGGAUCCCGCGGCUAAGUCUCGCUCGACCCCGCGCCAGUUGAGCGCGUUGACUUGUGCUGCGAGCAGAGGGUUCCGCUGGGGGAGCGCGCGGCGCACGGACGGCCAGCGCAGGAGCAGGCUUGCGGUCAUAUGUCCUGCGGAAAGGGAAUCAUCAUUAUCGGAGGAGGAGAAGGAGGAGAAGGAGGAGAAGGAGGAGAAGGAGGAGAAGGAGGAGAAGGAGGAGAAGGAGGAGAAGGAGGAGGAGUCUGGUGGGUGGGGGAGGAGGAGGAGGUGGGUGCGGAGAGUGUGGAGGAUGAGGGCCGCUUCGCGGGUUGUGUAGUGCUGCUGCUGCUGCUGUUGCUGCCUUGAUCCUCCUCCUCCUCCUGCUGCUGCUCCUCCUGGAGGCAGACGGCCGCUGGUACUAGUGAGAUGCUUAGCCUUGCGGGGUGAUUUGUGGGGUGUUGGCUUGCUGUCUUGGUGAGAACAACGGCGGCGGGUCAUGGUUAUUAGCUUCGGGGUGUAGCGGAUUGCGACGGUGGCGUACUCUAGACUUGGGGGUUGUGUCGGCGAUGGAGAAGGGGGGUCUGAGCAGCUGGUGGUGGUGCUGAGAGCGUGGUAAGUACCGAGAUCGUCUUUGGGUAAGUUCUCAGCAGCGGCGUUGUUAUGGUCGACGCACUGCUGGUCCUCGAUUAUUGAUUUCGAGUCGAAAACAGCAGGGCCGGCGUACGGCUUCCACACAUGAGCCUCAUGACCUGCCGAGCUCCACGGCGGAGAGCUUCUCAGCCCGUCGUAUAUAGGUCGCA